AUGAUAGUCAUGUCUUCCCGACCAAUUUCGGCAACGGCGGCCUAUCUCAUUGAGACUAGCCGUCUGCGCAGAAGAUAUGAUAGUGAAGCGCGUGUGCGCGCAGACACAAGUGCACUCUCUAUUCCUGUCACUCUCAUACUCCGGUGGGACGACUGCCCGACACGACCGGUGAAACUCAAGGCACAGGACCAACGGCUUUACGUGUUCUCCAAGGCACGGAAGUGCCUCACCACAUCGCCAAUUUCUCAACUCCAAAUCACUACUGAGAAGAUCUUAACAGAAAAACUCAGUAAU